AUGACGAAUCUUUCUAUUUUCUCUAUAUGUAUUAAUAUUAUUCUUGUUGGAACUGUCUAUUCAGCACCCACUUCAACAACUACGAAUACUGCGUCCGAUGUUGGUCGCUGGGUAGAAACAGCAUCACUUGCAGUAGGUGGUACUGGACAUACGUCAACUCUUCUUCCUGAUGGACGCGUGAUCACUUUAGGAGGUAAUGCGGGUGGUAAUAUAGUAGAGUUUUACAAUUCAACAACACGAACAUGGAAUCGAGGUCCAUCAAUGCUUAAUGCUCGAUCGUAUCACAGUGCCACUCUUUUGCCAGAUGGUCGAUUGUUUGUUACAGGUGGUUAUUAUUACAAUGCAGCUAUCAAAACUGCUGAAAUUUACAAUCCUGUAAGUAAUACUUGGACAUCUGUAAGUAAUAUGAAUUCCGGUCGAUAUGGACAUCAAGCAGUCUAUUUGCCAUCCCCAAUGAAUAAAAUUUUAAUCAUGGGUGGAUAUGGAGGAGAUAGCAGUCAGACUACGUUUUUGCAAUCAUGUGAAUUAUAUGAUUUUGUUUCCAAUAAGUGGACAACGACUACGCCAAUGAUUAAUGCAAGAGUAUAUUUUUCAGCAGAAUACUUAUUAUCAAUGAAUAUGGUUGUAGCCAUAGGUGGUGGUGGUGAUAACUCAGCAGAAAUGUUUGAUGUAUCAACAUUAAAAUGGACUCGAAGUUUAAACACAAUACCACUAGGCUAUAGAUCAGAUCAUACAGUUACAUUACUUCCCAAUGGACAAUUUUUAAUUGCUGGCGGUGGUCAAGAUACCAUUGCAAAUUAUUUGUUUGAUCCAACAACAAAAUUAUUUAGGUCUGCAGCAAAUAUUACACAAGGACGAAUUACACCUACUGCAACUUUAUUACCAUCCGGAUCAGUUCUUCUAAGCGGUGGAAUGCUUGGUAACGGGGUAAUGUAUCGUUCGGCUGAAAUUUAUGAUUUUCGCUUUAAUACAUGGCGUUCAGUAGCAGACAUGAACAUUGCUCGUUUUCGUCACACAUCCGUUGUUUUUAGUAAUUGUUCCUCGUCAUUACCAACAACAGUUCUUGUUAUAGCAGGACAGAAAGAUUGGAGUGGUACGCCUUUCGCCAGUUGUGAACUUCUCACAAUCAAUGCGUGA